CUUCGCAACUGGCGCAUCUUUCACGCGCUGACCCGUUUUGCAUCGCUCAACCAUACGCGAAAACGUUUGCAUCGCAAAUCGACCAUGUACCAACAACAGCCAGAUAGCACGUACCCAAACCGCAAGAUGUCGCAGGACAUCACCGUGACUUUCCUUGGUACCACCAGCGGUGGCGGCCCAUCCGAGACCCGCAACUGUUCUAGUCUCGUCCUAGAUCCUCUCCCAGAUGGUUCUCUAUGGAUGGUCGACUGCGCGGAAGGUACUGUCCGUCAGUUUGCCCAACAACCGUGGCGCGACUAUCGCAAAGUGAAAAUAAUGAGAGUGAACAAGAUCUUCGUAACUCAUAUGCAUGCGGAUCACACAGCGGGCCUCAUUACCAUGCUUCGAAAUGUCCUCGGUAUUCCAAAGCCGUCUGCACCGCCGCCACCCAUUACAGACCCGCCGAAAGUCGAGAUCUUCGGUCCGCGCGGCCUCCGCCAAUUCAUCCGCGUGCAGAUGAUUCUCACGCACACUCACUCACCAACGCGUUACGUCGUUCACGAGCUGCUCGCUCCCGGCGAGAAAUCGUCCGUGCCUUCGGGCGCGGAAUCGUCGGCGAGCGCGGGUACAGGCAGCGAUGAUGACAGGUUGGCAGAUAAUGAGGCGCCCGGGCUCGAUAUCGCGUGUGAUGCGCAUGGAUAUUGGAGAGCGAUCGUCGAAGAAGCGACGCCGGGAGGGCAGAGAAGUGCUGGGAGGAUCGUCGUGGACGCCGGUCCGAUAGAGCAUCGAGACCCAUGUAUAGGUUACAUCUUCCGCGAGGUACCCAACAACUCCUACGCCCUCGACACACCAACUCCCCGUAAAAUCGUCAUCCUCGGAGACACCUACGAUCCAUCGCGCAUCAUUCCGCUCAUCGAUCCGCCCAUCGAUAUCAACGUAGCCGGAAGCGGCGGCGCCAAUGCGGUCGAAAUCAGCGAAGACGAGGAUACACCCGCCGCUGCAGCAGUUCCCGUGACGCUGCUCAUUCAUGAAGCGACGGAUGCGUAUAUACCACGGUCAAUCGACCCAGAGCAGCGCACAGGGAGGAAUCGGACGGAAGAAAUCGUCAAGAUGUAUACCAUAGAGCGCGGCCACAGCACUCCUGCGAUGGCUGGUGCAUUCGCGAAGAGGAUCGGGGCGGAGCGCCUCGUCCUGAACCACAUCGGGGCACGGUUUCCAGCGGCGCCGCAACCCGCACGCACCGGGCCAGACCACUUCCGCGUGGAGUGCAUACGCGAGAUCCAGCGCCAGGCGCAACGGACGUGGAUGCCGACGAACGGAGAGCGCGUCAAGGCGGCAUACGACUUUAUGCGCGUCGUCCUGCCAGCGGCCUCGCCGACACCUGUAGAGACCUCCGGUGGCCAGCCGCUGCUGGAGCCGUGGACGACUGUGUCCGCACAACCCAUGCAGUACCUUGCAGACCCCUUGCAGAGGAACAGCAUGAUCGCAGGUCCUAUGAACGCAUAUGGGAACCAAUACGAACAUGCCUCGACCCGAGCGACCUACGAAGAGCACACUUGGUCACAAGACGGCGCGAGCUCACGUAUGGAAAGCGUAAAUGUCGAGACUCAUCGAAAUCGUGGACAUCACGGUGGCAAGCAUUAUAGUCGAGACGUGCAGAACAGCAAGAGGGACUGGAACAGCGCGUCACGUCGUGACAGGGACGAUGGAAAUUCCGGACAUGGGCAGUUUGAGGGGAGAGGGGACGGAAGCAGACAUCAUCACAGUGAUCCGUACUCUCACAGGCGAAGAGAAAGACACGAAGAAGGCAGGGGGUCGUCAAAGCGGCCCCGACCCUGACUGUGUAUGGUAUGACGAGGUCAGGACAGCAUGAUAUAUACUGCUGAGCCGUGCGCAUUUCCACCAAGAAUGCCCUCAAUGGCACAGCCUACGUCUAAUGCGUCUCGGACCGAAUUUACAUGUAUCAUCCAGUCGUAGAAACAAUAGACGGUGCCUACCGGAUGUGAGCGGCAUCGCUGUACGGAGUUUGAUCAAUGACACUGCGGUGUUAAAAAAAAUCAAU